AUGGCCGAAACAGCUGCAAAGAAGCUCAAGACCUCGCCCUUGAUUGGCACUCACAACGGUCAUUUCCAUGCCGACGAGGCAUUGGCCGUCUAUCUGCUGCGUCUCCUGCCUACCUACGCUGCCUCUCCCCUGGUUCGGACUCGAGAUCCCGCCCAGCUGGAGACCUGCCACACCGUCGUCGACGUGGGCGGCGUGUAUGACGCCACUGCCAACCGGUAUGAUCACCACCAGCGUACGUUCAAUACCACCUUCCCAAAGCACGACACCAAGCUGUCCUCUGCCGGUCUGGUCUAUAUGCACUUCGGCCGGGCGAUCAUCGCCCAGCACAUGUCCCUGCCUGAGGACCAUGUCGAUGUCAACCUGCUGUACGAGAAGCUGUACACCGACUUCGUCGAAGCCAUUGACGCAAACGACAACGGCAUCUCCGCCUAUGAUCCAGCUGCCGUGGCUGCCGCCAACCUGGAGAAGCGCUUCAAGGACGGGGGUGUUACUCUCGCCUCCAUCGUCAACGACAUGAACAACCCCGACCCCACCAGCCCCGCGGGCGUGUCCCAGGACGAGGAUAGCCUGUUCGGCCGGGCUAGCACGCUGAUCGGUAACGUCUUCGUCCGCAAGCUGCACCACGCUAGCAACUCAUGGCUGCCGGCCCGUACCACCGUUGGGUCCGCAUACGCCUCCCGCACCGAAGUCCACUCGUCCGGACGCAUCCUUGUGCUGCCGCAGGGCGGUGUGCCGUGGAAGGAGCACCUGUACAACUUCGAACGUGAUGCCUCAGGCAGCAAAGACAUCAGCCCGGAAGCCCAGGUGUACUACGUCCUGUACCCCGAGAGCGAGGCCGAGGACGCCAAGUGGCGUGUGCAGUGCGUCUCUGUGUCCGAAGGCAGUUUUGAGUCCCGCAAGCCGUUGCCGGAGGCGUGGCGCGGAGUCCGGGACCAGGAUCUGGAUGGCUUGAUGGCCUCGGAGGCGGAGAAGAAUGGACAGGCGAAACUCCCCGAGGGUGCGGUCUUUGUGCACGCGAGCGGCUUCAUUGGUGGCCACAAGACCAAGGAAGGCGCAAUGGCUAUGGCUAUUCGCAGCCUUGAACAAUAA